AUGGGGCUUAAGAGUUUGCCUAACGACUGGCCAAAACUUACUGAUUUCUCGCUUGAACGAAUCAGUUUUCUAAAUCGUCUAUCCUCCUCUGCCAGUGUGAUUUGUCGACGUCCGGUGCAAGAACAAGACACGGCUCAUCCGACCGCAGUCGAACAACCUCUGGACUUUUUGUUCACUGACCCGUCGGAUACAUCAGAGGAGACAUCGAAAGAGGUUCGCUAUGCUCUCCUACAAACCCUCUCCAGUGAUAUACAUGCUGGCGUAGUCGGACCCGAUUCUACCGAGCCACUGGAUCCACUAGAUCGCAGCACGCACAGUGCCACGGAAUCUGGAGUAGCUCCACCCGUCAGAGAUCCAUCAACAACUGAGUUACUCGCCAUGGCUGCUGUCACCCUGGCCAAAUCGUUCGAGCAUGACGGACUAGAUCGUGUCUGUCAUGACAAAAAUGUCCCCUGUCAGCGUCGAGCUGGCCGCCUUAGGGGUAAAUGCGCGACUCAUGCUAACGAAUUAGCGGAUUCAACUGACGCUGGUUCGGGUCUUGGAGCGGAUAAUUCCAUGGGAACAAGUCUGGCCACAAUGACUACCACCACCAUGAAUCCCAGCCUACCUAGUCAGGAUCACGCCCUGGGCAGUGCUGUACCGGCCACUAUGGAUCGGGUCCAAUACUCAUUACCCCCGUAUCUUCCAUCGCAUCGUAUCUCGUUACUUGGUGAUGCCCCUCCAGGGCAAAGUGUUCCGCAUUGGCUCACAUUGCACACUUCGGUCGAAAGAGAGCGUGUCCGAGAUUGUUGGUCAGGUUUUCGUUGCGCCCUUGGAAAACCAUACUCCAGUUUAGCGACCACAGACAACCUGAAUCCGGCUACUGAUUCAAAUGUUGCUGCUGUGACCAGCGAGCAGUUGAGUGUGACCAAAUCACACAGGUCGUUAUACUGUUGUUUCAGUUCCGCCGUGGCAGAGGAAGAGGACGAGCAAGGUCUCGCACCCCAAGAAAGGAGGAAUAAGUUCACCUCGGUCGCAGCUCAGCAACUUAUUCCCUUCCACUGUCUGUUGCUAGGUUUGACAGCUCUGAUUCCACUGCUUCUUGUCAUCGGAUUGAUCCAUUUGAUUUUGGUUUCAAAGUAA